CUGGCUCUUGAUUCCUUUUUUUCUCUCUUAGAAGUUUGGUUUUGGCGAAACCACGCUGAAGUACUCUUUGUGUUGAUACCAGGGCAGACAUUCUGACGAUGACACAUUGUGUUUGUUGUGUUAUUGCCAACUUAUUGGACAUUUUGCCAAUUCGCUCUUUUUGAAAAACACACAAAAAAAAAUCAGGAGGGAAGAAUGUUUUCAUGAAAGUGUCCAUGGGUCAACGCGAGUAUCUGACUCUGUCAGCACCAGGGGCGACCACGAUGGAGCCAUGGAAUGCCAAUUUUUCUUUCCCUGUCCAGAAUCUCCAGGAUGAUCUUGUUGUUGAAAUGAUGGACAAUUCAACUCAGAAGGUUCUGGCAAAAGUAGGUGUCUCUACACCAAAGAUAUUGGAGAAAGGAUUGAGGGACGAAAUGUUUGUAUUGCACGGUGCUGAUGGGAGUGAGUGUGGAACCAUCCACUUGAGACUGAGCUUUGUCCUUAGCGAGGAGGAAUUGAGGAAGAUCGUCCAAAUGCGUCAGCGCCAAGCGGCAACUACGACAGCCGAUGAAGCCGACAGCAACCCCUCGGGAAGCGCCGAUAGCAAUCCAGCGACAAUACCAGGAGCUAUGCUGACUCCAGCCGAUGCGGGAUCGACUGGAGAGAAGAAUACAGCUAUGCCAGCAGAUGAACCGAUGAUGUUAGAGCCGUCAGAUGUGCUCGUGCAGGCUCAAUCACCACCUUCGGUUGGCUCCUCAACAGUAGGAAUGAGGUCAUCGAUAUCGGAACAGGAUGGCACAUCUGCGGUGUCCGCUUUGGCGGCAACGUCAUCACCGCAAGCAGAUGCUGCAGACCAGUCCUAUUCAUCAACUUCAGAGAGUCCCGGAUUGGACGAGGCAGGCACAGCAGGAACCGAGGCAGAAACGAACCAGAGGAGUGCAGUACCUGCUGGGACAUUGGACGCGCCAGCUGCAGACGGCAGUGUCUCUUCAGUGGACGCCUCUGGAGAAAGAAGUCAGCAAAAAGGUGCAGAGUUACAGAAGUCUUCAGCAAUACAGGUGGACGAGAACAGACGUGAUAUUUCAUCAGAAAGGUCAUUCGACCAGACCCCAACUGGAUCCACAGCAACUUCUGAAGCCGUAACGAAGGACACAGAGACGGAUGAAACAGACUAUUCAGGAAGAGAAGGCCCCAGGUUCGGCUUUCUCACAAAACAGAUAAUUGGUAGUGUCGUCGUGCUCAUCGGACUUUUCCUCCUCUGGCCAAGAAAGCAGGCACCUGAGAAGCAACAAGGACUCCUUGCAAGGUUGUUGAAAAUCAAUGGCCAGAAGAAGCGAGAGGGUCGAAGGUCUGAUGAAAUCGACGAUGAUGCAGCUGAAUACUUCAGGGUUGCUUCUGAGGGGAAGUGGCAGAAGCAGACAGGGAAGGUUGACAGAUCAAGUGCAGUGUACACUGGGCAUGGUCUCCGCUUCCACUGAGAAUGGGAAUUGAUAGGAUCAGUGUUGCCCUACAAGGACCAGUUGCUGCUGCUCGGUCUGCUAGUAACCCCGCUAUGAUAACAGGUUGGCCCAAUUGGAUAAUCUUGGGCAUUGUGACCAUGACAAUGGGCAGUUUUGUCCUGAACCAUGGCAGGGCAAAACUGUGGCUUAUAUUCAGGUGUCCAGGUGAGUGCCCCUUGACUGUAUGCUGAGUGCUAAGAGCGUUGUGUCGACCUGCUCCCUGGUCGACAACUGUGUGCUGAGUGCGGAGAGCGUUGUGUCCUGUACCAUGGCAUCCAGGUGAGUACCUCGACUCUAUGCUUUCCACUGGUCCGUCGAACACAAGAGUCUUCUGCGGUCGAGUGCUCUCUGGAAUCGGGGAUUAUUUAUCCUGUCGGUGAAUUUCCGCCGGCCGGUAGUAUGCCAUUCAAUAGUCAACUUGGCGCUGUCCUAGUUUUGGUAGUUACCUUAUUUGCUAUCCUGUGGCUUAUAUCUAUUGAUCCUUCCAUCCUUCCAUCCAUCCAUCCAUCCAUCGGUCUCUCUAUCAAAUCAUAUCCAUCUGUCUAUUCGCUUGUGCAUUUGCUAUGCCCUUUCCUGAGGUUUUUAUUAACUGAGAUUAACAUGUGUUUCAUCAACUCAACUUCUCUUGUUCGGUCAGGUAAGCUUACAUCAGGUCAACGUUAGGUCGCCUGGGGCAAUGUACUGCUCCUUUAAGGGCCCGGCUUCAUAUCCAUUCUGGAGAGCUUAAAGCCGAGGUAGUUGUGGUCUGGUUAAGCCGGGAAGCGGGCAGAUCUGGUUGAAUUAGAAUGCCUAAGUUAGGUCUGGUUGGAUUCAUGAGUUUAAGAAUAGUUAACUCGGGUUAGGUAUAAUGGCUGAAUCAGGUCCCGUGCGGUUAAAUGAAGAUAGGUAUGUUAUUUUGGUGGCAGGCACAGUAAGAUGUCCGUCGGAAAUAUGUUGGCUAGAAUUUACAAUCCAAUCAAAGGUUGGAAAUUCCUCUUGGUGAGUCAAGACUCUGAACGCAGAUGCUGGAUGGUUGUGUGCUCCUCCCGCUAGAAGAGUAGUGUAGGACUUUCAGAAUUUGGUCUGUCAUCAUGUACUUAUGGGUGCUUUUUCGGGACUGCAUUUGUCACGGCCGCUAUGGAUCAGCCAUCAACGGUUGUCCUGGGCCCGUCUUCCUUCUAGGAAGAAUCAGAGCAAUUCAACAUUCACAA